ACGAGUUGGAAGCAGCUCUGCUGCCGUGAUUUCCGUAACCCCGACGCUGCCCCCGUGCUGAUUCAUUGAUUUGGACGGGUUAUAUACUGGGAGGGGAAGUGCGAACCGCACUCGGCUCACUCGCCAGAGCAGAGCGCCGCUCGCUGCGAGCUCUCGGCCGCGGGACGCGCCGGCGGGAAAUAUGGAGAAGAGUGGCUGGGUCCUGCUGCUCAUGGGCUUACAUGUGGCCUGUGUCGCCCGUGCCCAGUGCCCAGAGCAGUGCCAGUGUGUCCGCACCGCCCAAGUGGAGUGCUCUGGUGCCAACAUUGCCACUGUUCCCAGCCCCAUCCCCGAAAACACCAUGACCCUGCAGAUCAUCAACACACACAUCACAGAGCUGGGUGCCGCGUCCUUCGGCAACGCUUCCAUGCUGAUUGGGCUGCGCAUUGAGAAGAACGACCUGUCGCGCAUCAGCCCUAGAGCCUUCCAGUACUUGCCCUCUCUGCGCUACCUCAGCCUGGCCAGCAACAAGCUGCAGGAGCUGCCCGUGGAAGUGUUCGAGCCUUUGGGCCAACUGGAGUCACUGCUCCUGUCCAGCAAUCAGCUCUUCCAUGUUGAGCCCUCCCACUUUGCCCAGCUGAGCAACCUCAAAGAGCUGCAGCUGCAUGGCAACAACCUGCAUGAGCUAACGGAGGGGGUCUUUGACCCACUCACCAGCCUCACCAAACUGAACCUGGCCAGGAACAACAUUGAGCAUCUACCGCCCCAGGCCUUUGAGAGGCUGACGCGGCUCCAGGUGCUGCGGCUCUAUGAGAACCGGCUCCGGCAGAUCCCUGCAGGUGCCUUUGAUGGGCUGCCGGAGCUGGAGGAGUUGGGGCUGCACCAGAAUCAGCUGCAGACACUGUCACCAGAGCUCUUCGUGCACAACGAGCGCCUCCAGAAGCUGUAUCUCUCCAACAACCUCAUCACUGCUCUGCCCAGUGGUGUCUUCCUGCCCUUACGUGCUCUCUCCAAGAUCACCCUACAUGUCAACCGGUUGCAGGAAAUUGCACCUGGUGCCUUUGGGCCCAUGCCUAACCUGAAGGAACUGUGGCUGUAUGACAAUGAGCUCACUGGCCUCCCUGAGGGUGUCUUCAGCAACCUCACCCAGCUGCAGCUCCUGGUACUGAGCAAGAACCAGCUGCGCUCGGUCUCGGCUGGCUCUUUCCAAGGCCUCGGCGAGCUGCUGGAGCUGUCACUGCACUCCAAUGCACUGCAGCGCCUGGAUGCUGAGGCUUUCCGUGGGCUUACCAAACUGCAGAACAUCUCGCUGCACAACAACCGGCUGCGGGUGCUGCCACAGGGUCUCUUUGGAGCCACUCCAGUGCUGAGGAAGGUGCAGCUGCAGGGCAACGUCCUUGAGUACCUGCCAGCGGGUGUCUUCGCCCCACUGUCCACCCUGCAGGAGGUUAGGCUGCACAACAACUCCUGGCACUGCGACGAGAAGAUCCUCUCUCUCAAGACCUGGCUCGAGGCCAACCAGCAGAAGGUGGGCGAGAUCCCCCCCGUGUGCGCCCUGCCGCUGCUCCUGCGGGGCGCUCCCAUUGUGGGACUGCGGCGCGACCAGCUGCUCUCCAACGGGCUGCCCGCAACAGCCGAGCCAGAGCACUUCACGGCCACCUCACGUCCCAGCACCUCGCUCUCUGCACAUCCCUCCGAGCUGGCCCCUGGGGCCACAGCGAUGGGGCACCCCACGGGGCUGCCGACUGCCCCUGGUCUCACAGAGGAGGAGGAGAAGGGGCAGUGGGGCCUGACACGGGCACAGAGUGGGGUGGUGGUGGCAGUCAUUGUGCUGGUGUGCGUAGCCCUGCUCUGUGCCCUCGUAGCGCUGGUGGCCUACAGCUGUAGGAAGAAGAGCCACGUCGUGCUCAUGAGGAUGAAGGCCCCCAAUGAAGCCUGAGUGUAGCGGCCAGCAAACCCUUGGGGGAGUGGUCUUGGUGAUAAAGCCCCUUGGUGCAGCCCCUGCCCAGGGCUGGGACACCUGACAGUGACAUUGUCAGCUGCAGUGGACAAGUUGGAUGGGCCAGCAUCACUCCGCGUCCCCUGCGCUGCUCUGCUUUGCCUUGUGCAGGCCCUCUUCUGCAGGGAGGUGAAACCCCAUGGUCACCUUUGCUCCUUUCCAGCCCCUUGCCUCCAGCAUGUCCUUUGUGCACAUUCCCCUGCACCCCAGGGUAUUCCUGGGGCCCAUCAUGUGCUGUGUGGUGCCUCAGCUGCACAGGUCAGGGACUGCCUAGGGCUCAGCAGGUAGCUGUAGCCUGACCAGAGUGGUGCUUUCCAGAGCAAGGGAGGAGGCGUGAUCUUGCCUGUCCUUUGCCUGGUGUUGCCCUUUGAGUAAUGCCUGCUGCUUGCCCUGGCACUGCCUGCUACCCUGCCUCACCUCCUGGUGCCUUGCACCUUUGCUCCUCUCCCACCUCAUGUCUGGGGAUGCAGGGUGCUAAACUGUUGUGCAGUGCUGGGAAGUGCAACACGGGCCUUUGCCCCAAGCAAAGCUGUGUGUCCUUGUGCUGGUUUGCAGUUUAUGGGCAUCCGGGGGAAAUCCCCUGGGACAGGGCUGUCUGUGCCUUGUCCCCUUGCCUGGACUGGGCUCCUGGCCCUGAGAUGCUCCUUGGUGCUACUGCAGCCUGCACAGAGUAAUCUGGAUGUGCCCUCCCUGCCUCUAGGCAGUGCAGGGUUGAGAAGAGCAGCAUCUUCCCCCAGUCCCAUCUCAAGAAAUGUCCUGAACUCAAUGCACUCGUGCUCCUCCUGACAGGAGGCUCUUGUCCUGGAGGUCUGCAUGGCCUGGGCAUAGCAGCAACCUCCCUGGCCAAGCUACAAACCAAGGCCUAAGCCCUGUGGUAGGCAGAUGCCAGCCUCUCUGAGGCCAUGUUGCUGCCUUCAGGCUCACAGCAUGCUGGGGGUGGGGGACAGCAUGCUGGGGGUGGGGGCUGCAAGGAGGCUGCUGCUGCAGGGAAAGUGCUAGUGAUUGGGAGAUCAGCACAAAAUACACAUGGAGCUGGACCAAGCAUCUGGCCAUGCCAGCUGGCCCUCACCCAAGGAAGCAUUUUGCAAAACCCCUUCCCCCACAUAGGCCCCUCUCCCUGGGGCUGGGAGAGACUCCCUGUACUUGUGUCCUGGUAAAGGAGGCUGCUGGGGCAUCCCAGGGCUGCAGCCUAUUGCGAGCUGGUCUAGCUUAUUUCUGCAUUUGACCCUGCAGUGCUGUGAUGGUGCUGGGCCACGCUAGGGAACGUCGCUGUGGCUGUCCGAGCGGUGGGCUAGGGGAGCUCCCCUGUACCUGCUGGUCUCCCUGCUGCCGUGUGCCCACCUUGGUGCGAGCAGGCCCCACGCUCACCCGCCGGUGCAUUCCUCCUGACUCGCACCUGCAGAAUAGCCUGGAAACAUGUGAAUGUGUCUGUGCUGUUCAGUACCUGCUCUGUGACCUCUCUGAUUAAAGUGCAAUUGUCCAUCUCCA